AUGUCGCUGUCGUCGGGAAUGACUCUUGCAGCAUCUGCAAGCAUCAUUGCUUCUGCAGCGGCAGCUGCGAGAUGUACAGGAGCCAUGGCAAGUUUUUCUAUCUGUGCUAUACCAGCCGUCUUGAAAGGAGGUGCAUCGUCAGAUGUAAUGUUGAAGCAAUGGUGGACCAUCUACCACCACGGUAAAGUGGUCCCAAUCACGGCUCUUAUUGCUGCACUGAGCUAUGGAGCCGUGUCUUACAACCAGCAUACCAAGACUUCGCCGCGAUGGAGAGGGUUUGCUCUGGCAGCCGCGUUCACUGUUGCGGCCAUCCCAUUUACGAUUGCUUUCAUCGGGCCGACCAAUAGCGAACUUUCCGCUGGUGCGCAUGCUGAAGCUCGAACCAUGAGCGAUAAAAGAGUUCGAAGUUUGAUUACGAAAUGGAUGAACCUUAACUAUAUUCGCCUAUCGCUCCCGUUGACAGGCGCCAUCGUUGGGUUGUGGACACUACUGUCUUGA